CAAUGAAAUGGUACCUUACUUUUUUGCUGGAAAGUGAUUGUGUGGGUUGUGCAGAAAGUACUAAGUAGAGUGGUUCAUAUUGAAUACGGAAUGGGGUUGUGUUAUAACAGAGUAGCGUGCUUUUUCACCACAGAACAACGUUAACUGUCAAUGUAAAAAAUCACGAGGAGCAGUGACGCGUGGGUUCUAAAAGAUGUUGCUUUCUGCCCGUCAUUCCUCUAGCCAUUCAAGGCACAUAAUCACUGAGAAGCGCCUCACCGAGGAAUAAGUAAAGACCAAUAGUGGGCUAGGUGUUUCACUGUCGUCGUUAUGGAGUACCCGCCGAACAAGCGUCUCAAAGGGGAGAGUUACGACGCUCGUCCUGAUGCAGACCCCUUUGGCGAUGAUGAGGACUUCACCCAGGAUGACCUCGAUGAAAUAGAUAUAAUCGCAUCACAGGCAGUCACAGACGAUUUAGCGCCGCCUGCCCCCAAAGAAAGUCGCGGCUCCGUAUUUCCAUGCCAGGGCCCACUUCGCAAAGCUGGGCUAGAAGCUAGAAGGACAUUUGGUUCGGCAGGAGUCAGUGGUGAUGUUCGGAGGACCUCAGGGUCCAAUCUGAAUAAUACAACAAUGGAAGCUUUUAGAAAGGGACAGCAGCAGAAUAAAGCUGACAGGUGUGAGGUUAUCUGUGAACAACUCCAAGCACAACAAGCUGAACUCAAGAAGAAGCUGCAGGAGGUGGAGGAGGAGCUGCUGAUGAAGACUGGGGAGAUCCAGGUACUGCGAGACUCCCUUAGACAAACCAAGCAGGAGAAGGAGCAGCAGAGGGAGGCCCAGCUGCUGCAGGAGCAGGAGAGAGCCCAGGUGCAGACUGAGAAGGAGAAGGCACUCUCCAAAAAGCUUCAGUGCCUGCAGUCCGAGUUGCACUUUAAAGAAGUGGAAAUAAACGAGAUGAAGACGAGGCUUGUGAAUUCGGAACGAGCUAAGCUGCCCGUUUCACCCGCCACGAGGAAUAGUCCGAAGAGUAGAUCAUCGCUCCCGCACCCUCAGGAGGGGAGCGGACCCUCCGCCAGCGUCAGCCGCUUCCUCACCAAGGAGGCCUUUGCAGCCCAGCUGCCCAAGGGAAGAUCGCCGCUCAAAGAGCAUGCGAAGGAAGAUGGAAAACCUGUGAACGAGACUGUGAAUAACAUCGCUGGCGAUGCACAUCGAGGCAAAUCGUCCAGUUUGCACUCGUGUCAUAGUCAAGGGUCUUCUCUGCUGAACCUGCUGCUCCAGCACCCCCUGGACCCCAGUACGCUGGGGCUCUGUCACCUGCUGUGCGUCAGUCCAGGCGCCCUGCCCUGGCUGCUGUCCCAGAACGACUCCCUCAGCCCAGAGGGUUCCAGCUGCACCCUAAUGGAAGCGAAGCAGCAGCAUGGGUCCCUUGGCAGUUUCGGCCGGAUACAGAGCCUCGGCAUGUGUGGCCUGUCCAGGCUGGCACUGGGAUACCCCCGGCUCCCUCCGCAGCCCCCCGUGUCGGAGCGCUCAUGCCCAGAGGCGCUGCACCUCCUGCCCCUCCUUCAGCAGCAUGUGGACCUGUUCUGCCGGGCGCUGGAGGCAGUGGACGGGCCAGCCGGGACCCUGCUGAGGGAUGCCUCGCCUCCUGACUCCGCCUCUGCUGGUGGCCUGACCUCCGGUGCUGAGGAGUCCGCCAGCAGCUUAGAGGAGUUCGCCCUCGCCUCGCUUGGGGCCUUGCGCCACCUAGUGUCACACAGCGAGGAGGUGGUGCACGUCCUGCUGUCCUCUCAGGCCCAGGAGUGCACGGACAAAAGAGAUGUGGAACGGGGUGCGCCCGGCCCAGCCUUUCCAGAACCUUCUGGGGGGAAUCGCGGAGAGGGGGCGGAGCUCCUGCACCCCCUGCUGCGCUGGCUGCUGCGAUUGGCUGACCCAGUGGUGGCUGGUGCUGCCCGCCGAGGGGACGUGGUUCUGACGAGCAGCUUGAAGGUGCUCAAUGCACUGGCAGAGGAUUCUGGGGGAGAGCUGCUGCCCAUGAUGAAGAGCCUGCUGUGCCGUCAGUCCCUGGCCCGGUGCCUGAGUGCAGACGCGUCCUCCCAGACGGCGCACCUCUCCGUCAGUCUGCUGGCCGCCGCGGCCGCCAACACGGAGGUGGCAGUGCUGCUGUGCUCACACGUGGAUGUCUGCCCUCUCCUGAAGAUAUUCCAGUAUGUGGCCUCCAGACCCAACGUGUCGAUGUCAGAGAACCAGUGGUGUCGGUUUGAGUUGGAGGUUGUGAAGCUGCUGACCCGGCUGUUCACCCAGGCGACCGCCACGUGGAUCGCGUUCACACGCUCGUCUUGUCAGUGCGACAGUGAGGUGGUGCGCACCCUGGUGAUGAUCCUACACAGACGGUGGCUGGAAGUUAGGGGGCAGGAGCGGCAGGAAGGACGGAGCACUCCGUGGGGGGGCCCCGGGGCCAACGUGCUAAAGGAGACCCUGAUGCUGCUGCACUGGCUGUCUCUGAAUGACGGCGCCUUCGCGGAGCACUGCCUGGACGUGCUGCACAUGUACGACCAGGUGGUCCCCGCCCUGCGCGACAGCUUCCGGAAGAUUCCUCAUCUCACUGAAAUCGAAGAAAUGGCCUUAGAUGACAUGUGUCGCCCGGAAAGUGAAGAUUCCGAAGAUAUCGACGUGGACGGGGGGUCCUGAUAUGCACCAUGCUGCUUGCUGAUCUGAUUAUGGAUGUAUUAAUGUAGCUAAUAUUUUUAUGGUACUUAGAACUGCUUUUGUAUGAUUAAAUGUUCAAUAGUGUCACCAUCCAGUUUGGAAAUACCAAGGAACCCUUUUUGUAUGUGAAGGUUUUUGCAAGGGCCUCAAAAUGUUUCCCCUUAGUACUGAACUCGCUCUAUGCAAAUGGGUGGAAAGGAAGGUUUUCCCUGAUAUUUUGAGACUUAAGAUGUGCAGCAAAUGAGAUUAGAGGUGUGCCAGACACUUCAGAAAAAACAAGUAUGGAAGAUCCAGGCAAAACACCCCCCCCAAACUGUCAUACUGAAUGUCCACCUGGUGCUGACCAGCAUUGGUCCGUGGGGGGGGGGGGGGGGGGGGGGGGUGUUGUUUCUUCACCGUGAUGGAACACACCCUGAAAUGUAAGUGAUGCAAUUUCUUUUAAUUGAGCAUUCCUGACUAAGGGGAAGAAACAAGUGUUUCUCUGUCUGAAAUAGUUUCCAUUCAUUCCAGUCUAUCACCCAACCCAAAGACGACCAGCUGCAAAACAUGCAUGGUCUCCUCCAAUAACAAUCAUUCUAAAACAGCGUAAAAAGCAAAUUUUAUUUGUAACCCCAUUUUAAUUUAUAAAAUGUUUCAAAGAAAGCUUUCAGUAGAAAAAAAAACGUACGAAAAGACACUCAAUUUCUCCUACUACUCGAAACAUCCUGGAACUUGUCAGUUUCCCACCAAAACCAGCUCAAACAAAAAUUCCAAGCAACUCUUGGUAAGCCAAUGCAGCAAAUAACAGUACAAAAAUAAAGCACAGUUAUGUUAGGUAGAGUUACCUAGUAAAACUUCCAAAGACAGACACAAAAUGAACUUGGAUUUAAUCCUAAGAAAUUCAUACAAACAAAUUAUAUUUCCUAAAAGCAUAAAACCCUUAACACGAAACACUUCCACAUUUAAAUACAAUAUAGAACUUUUUAGACGUCUGCAUUGGAUAAACGACUACACAUACUCUCAUACUGUAUGAAAUAAGCAUAGCACUAUGGAACAACACUGGAGAAAAGGGGGGCUUUGGUGGUGUUUGUGUGCAGCUGAAAUAUCUGUAUAAGAUCAUCACAGGCUUGAAGGGAGUGAAUCCCCCCCAGACAAUGUACUGGAUGAGUGGCUUACAUUACGUUAAUGAAUAAUGUAACAGCAGUACAUGUGGGGGUGUAACAGGAAAUGUUCACCUACAAAUCCAGCUCAAAGUCAAAUCUUUGCACAAAAAAAGACGGAGACCCACAGAAUGAAUAGCAUUUGGUUUUUUGUUUUUAAGGCCAGCAUAUGGAGCAGCGGACUUGUGGAUUGGGCGUUUCCCCUCAGUAACCCGUCUUGGGAGGGUCCACGAAAGCUGGGUUGUAGGCAGGCUGUGUGGAGGUGUAGUCCAUCUGGACGGGAGGCGCAGGGGGGUAGCUGGUAUGGGCCGGAGGCUGGAGAGGGUACGCAGGCUGCCCCAUGCUGUACCCGACUUGGGUGUAGGGCGCCUGGGGAGGUGGGUAUGCUGCAGCGGAUGGAGAAAGAUCACAAAGAGUAAAACAUCUCCACCAGAAAACGGGGAAGCUGGCUGGACUACAGUGACACGGCAGUAAUUUGUCAGAUAACAGCAAGCGAUGCUUUGAAAGCACUUGAACUGUUUUGUCCACAUAUACUGAUUUAUAAAUAAAAGCCAUAUCAUAA